UUCAACAGCUCUCAGCGAUGGCAAAACUUGCAGUGAUUGUAGCAUUUCUACUGAUAGGAAUCAAUAAAUUCCUGUCAAUUGAGAAAAGAUCCUCUGUAGCUGCUUCAGGUUUCGGCCAUGAAAUUUUGGCAGCCGUUUAGGAUUCCCUUAAUUUAAACUUGCACAAAGCCAACCAACUACUGGAAAAGCAGCAAAACGCGAUACAAGCAAUACAUUCACAGCUCGCUAACAUACGGGCAGAAAUCCAAACGAUCAAGAGAAUCGAAGCCGGUAUGAAGAAGGACCUCGAUUCGCUACGCGCAGAGAUUUCAAACAACGAAAACAAGCAACAGGAAAGGCUGGAAAUGCAAAACCUCGAAACGAAAACCACCAAUGAAGCGCUACGUGCUGAGCUUGCCGAUAUGAGAGAAAUGAUCCGUAACAUCCAACAAUCUCAGCUGAGAAACGACCCUCCAGCAAUAAGAAGAACCUCGAGUACAACCCCUGGUCCAUUUAAAAGCAUAAACGGAUUUCAACCGAUAAACCAGGAACCGCUAACUUGUGCUGACGUGAACGGAAACAAAUCUGGAGUCUAUACCUUGUAUCCUGGCGGAGGUUCUGCAUUCGAAGCAUUUUGUGAUCGAGACUAUGAGCAAGGUGGCUGGACCGUUAUACAAAAUCGCUUCGAUGGCUCGGUGGAUUUUGCUAGGAACUGGACCGAUUAUGAGCGAGGUUUUGGAGAUUUACAAACAGAGUUUUGGCUUGGUCUCGAUAAAAUCCAUCGAUUGACCUCACACCAAGAGCACGAAUUGCACGUCAUGGUGGAAGCAUUGGAUGGAACCAAAGGAGUGGCAAAAUAUGACCUAUUUAAGAUUAAUGGAGCUGACGAUAGAUAUAGACUGACGGAAUUGGGCCGAUACAGUGGAAACGCAGGAGAUUCGCUUUUUUCAGAUCGGAACCAGAUGUUUAGUACAGUGGACAACAAUAACAGUGUCCGAUGUCCAGUAAACGAAAAUUCAGGAUGGUGGUGGUACCAUAAUUGCUUGAGUGAAGGCAAUCUCAACGGUAUCUAUAAAAGAUCAAAAUCAGCAUGGGCUGCAAUGACCUGGUUAUCUUUGAAAAACAGUAGGGGCAACAUGCAACGGUCCAGGAUGAUGAUUCGAGCCACAGGAAAAGCCCGGGAAAUCAAAGGCAGAAUUUCGACAUGACCAACUUUUUCUUCUGACGCUGAAAAGCUCUCCUUCCACUAGUCGAAGUUUUAAUCAACUGAUAUGAAUCUAGAUAUUUAGCAACCAUGUUCUGUAUGGCUGAUAAGAGCAUGAGUUGAUCGGCUAACGAUCGGAAAUGUGAUUCAAGAUCGAAUGAGCAAGAGGAAGUUUCGAAAGCUCCUGAAGUAUUUUUAAGUGCAUCUGGACAUUAACAACAGCAAGGAACCAGAAACACUCUACAGGAUAACAUAAGUUUCAGGGGAAAAAUCCUCUAAAAAUAAGUUCUGGUGAAUUCCUAUACCAUCGUUGAAGAGAGUAAAUGGAAAAAAGUGACUUUCUGUGUUCAAUAUUCCACAUAUGAACCAUCCGGAAUUCAUCAGUCCCACAUAGGAGUAGUUAUUUCUCCCCGUUUCUCUGUAUGGAAUAUCAUAGAUCAGGGGUGUGAUUUCAAUAUAGAACUGCUCCAAUAAAAUAAAAGAUUAUAAAUGAAAUAUUUAAACAUCGAUCUUCUUGUUGA